CCACCCACUCUCAUGGAAGAGAGGUUUCUACCAAGGAACUCUCGACGUGCUGGGUCCACCCCUCGCGGCGGAACCCAGCUGCCGGAGAGCCCAAGAUUGCCAAUGGAGUUUCUGUCGAGGUCAUGGAGUGCUUCGGCUCUUGAAGUCUCCAAAGCUCUGGCUCCUCCUACUCCUCCUCCUCCUAAUCAUUCUUCUUAUUCAUGCAUGGCUUCCAAGUCAGCUAGUGGAUCUUCUUCUUGUACCACCAAUUCUAUACCCGAAGAUAUCUCUGGCGAGUCAGAGGAGCUUCCGCCAAGUACACUUUCUGGGAACCAGUUCUCUUUCGCUUCCUCUACUACUUCCCAGCUUGUUCUUGACCGCAUUAUGUCACAGUCUGUUAGAGAGGAAGUGUCGCCAUUGACGUCAGGGAGGCUAUCUCACAGUAGCGAACCUUUGAACGGCCUGGGUUCUUUAACAGGAACAGAGAGCCCACCAGUUUCUCCUUCGGAGGAAUUUGACGAUGUUGUUAAGUUUUUCCGUGCCAACAACACCAUACAUCCCCUAUUCAAUGGAGGCCGUGCCAGUUCUGGCAAUGCCAAUGGCAACCCCGGCGGUGGAGCCAAAACAGUUGGGAGGUGGUUGAAGGACAGGCGAGAGAAGAAGAAAGAGGAAACCAGAACCCACAAUGCCCAGAUCCACGCAGCUGUUUCGGUUGCUGCACUGGCGGCGGCCAUAGCAGCCAUUACGGCAGCCACAGCAGCCUCUUCGGCCUCAGGAAAUAAUGAGCAGUCGGCCAAGACUGACAUGGCCGUGGCAUCAGCCGCCACACUAGUAGCCGCGCAGUGUGUGGAGGCUGCAGAAGCCAUGGGAGCUGAGCGUGAUCACCUUGCUUCCGUAGUCAGCUCUGCUGUUAAUGUCCGUUCUCAUGACGAUAUCGUUACUCUUACAGCUGGAGCAGCUACGGCUCUACGUGGGGCAGCAACCUUGAAGGCAAGAACAUUGAAGGAAGUGUGGAAUAUUGCAGCUGUUACACCGGUGGACAGAGGAAUGGGAAUCGGACUUUGUGGUAAUGGAAAUAACGGUCAUCCCAGUGGCAGCUCUAGUGGAGAACUUGCCCCUGUAGAGAAUUUUCUAGGCAACAAUGGCCUGGACCUUCUUGCUAGGGGCAGCGAACUCCUGAAACGCACCCGCGAAGGUGAUCUUCAUUGGAAGAUUGUCUCUGUUUAUAUUCAUCGGACGGGCCAGGUAAUGCUAAAGAUGAAGAGCAAACAUGUUGCAGGGACCAUCACCAAAAAGAAAAAGAAUGUGGUAAUGGAGGUGUACAAGGACAUGCCAGCAUGGCCGGGAAGACACUUGUUUGAUGGGGGAGAGCAGCGUUGUUACUUCGGAUUGAAGACUGAAACACGAGGUAUUGUGGAGUUCGAGUGCAAGAACCAGAGAGAAUAUGACAUCUGGACUCAAGGAGUUUCAAGGCUUCUUUACAUUGUGGCAGAAAGAAAGAACUCUCAUUCUGGGUAAAGUUUUUGUCUACUGGCAUCAAUUUGAUCUGACUAGGGAGAUAGGUAAAGGGCCCUAUGCAAAAGCAAAAGAUAGUAGAUACAGCUUUCAAUGCUUUAGAAGGAAAGGAGAAACGAGUCGGAAAGGGAUAUAGGCUGCUUUGAGUUGAAGCAAGAGUAAAAAUUCGAUCAGUUGGCCUGCUUUUUGACUAUGAUUUCAUGUAUGAAUCGUAUUAAUUAAUUAUUUUAUGAAUAUAUGCUAUUUGUCUUAACAUUUUCAAUCAACAGUUGCUUGUAAAUCCAGUUGUUAUAUGCUAUUUGUGUAAACAUUUUCAAUCAAA